UUUUGUACGAAUAUCGGAUCGGAGUUGAUCGAGCAAGCUCGCUCGAUCGAGAGAUCUCUGGCAUAGAUCCUGCUUGUUGAGAGGGGCCAAACCUUUUGAAGUUUUGAAGACUUGUUGCUUCUAAAUUUGAGCCAUGGCACCUGCUGGUAAUUCAACAACCAAAAGGAAGGGCAUCAAUGCCAUCCUAAUGGGGCCACCUGGUGCGGGCAAAGGCACUCAGGCCCCUCGUCUUGCGGAGAAAUUCUGUGCUUGCCACCUGGCAACUGGCGACAUGCUCAGGGCUGUUGCCUCCGAAUCGACAGAGCUGGGGAAGCGAGUGAAGGCCACCAUGGACGCCGGAAAGCUGGUCAGUGAUGGUCUGAUGAUUGAAAUGAUCCAGAGUUCCCUGGACAAGCCCGAGUGCAAGGAUGGCUACAUUCUGGAUGGAUUCCCGAGAACAGUGCCGCAGGCUGAGGCACUAGAAGAGAUGACCACCCGCCUGCAGCGGCCCCUGGACACCGUAGUGGAGAUGAGCAUUGACGACAAGCUGCUAGUAGAACGUAUCACCGGUCGCCUUAUCCACAAGCCAAGUGGCCGCAGCUACCAUGUGAAAUUCAACCCACCCAAGGUGGAGAUGACUGAUGACGUCACCGGUGAGGCGCUGAUCAAGCGCAGCGACGACAAUGCCGAGACUCUGAAGAAGCGGCUAGGCGCAUACCAUCAGAUGACAAAGCCUCUGGUCAACUUCUACCGGGAACGGAACCUGCACACGGUGGUCAAUGCCGCCAGGAAGCCCCAAGAAGUCUCGGAAACCCUCAACGCCAUCUUUAGAAUGGCCCUGCAGCGACGGCAAUGAGCGCAAGUUACCAAUAGAAGUUACCAACCAAUAGACGUUACCAAUAGACCUAUUUAACCCUUUAAGAGCCACAGGAAAUUUUCACAAUUCUUCAUUUUUCGUGUUCCUUGGAUCAUAACUUCAGUUCUACUCA